AUGAGACUUGUUUUCUUGUCAAUUUGGCUAGCGUGUGCCACUGCGGCAAUCCUAGGCGUCGAUUAUGGUCAACAAUUUACCAAAUCGGUGCUUUUGGCACCCGGUAUUUCCUUCGAGAUUGUGUUAACUGAUGAAGGAAAGCGUAAAGAUUUAUCGGGCAUGUCGAUAAGACCUUCUGGUCAGGACAUUGAAAGAGUGUUUGGAUCGAGAAUGGGCUCUUUGUGUACCAGAUUUCCUCAAUCUUGUGCUGUGGGAAUCAAACUGUUGUUGGGAAAAGCCAUCCAUGAUCCAGAAGUUUCUGAAUUCUUGAGUGUCCAUCCAGGAGUUAAACUUAUUGGUGAUGAUUCCAGGAACGGCGCCAUAAGAUUUGACUUUGGACUCACUAACCAGUCGUAUCAAUUCUCUGUGGAGGAGUUAUUUGCCAUGAACAUGAAUGAGAUCAAGUCUCGUGCGUUGUCAGACUUGGAUGAUGCACACAUGGCCCAGUCAAUUGUCGAGGACGUGGCAGUGUCUGUGUCACCAUUUGCUUCACCCAGCACUAGACAAGCGUACUUGGACGGUUUGCGCUUGGCCAACUUCUCCAAUGUGUUGGGAUUGGUCGAUGAGGGCACCGCUGUCGCAUUGAACUACGUCUCCAACCGUAAAUUUUCUCCUGAAGAAUACAACGAGAAACCCGAAUACCAUCUCGUUUACGAUAUGGGGUCGGGCUCGACUACUGCUACGUUGUUCACAGUGACCCCUCUUACCAAUGGUACCAUAGUACUUGAAUUGAUUGAUGCAGGUUACGACGAUACAUUCGGCGGAGAAUUGCUCACAAAGUCUGUCUACUCGAUGAUUCUGCUGAGGUUUAUGGCUGCGUUUGACUUGAAUGAAGACGAAGACCUUCCACCAAAGGUGAAGGCAAGAUUGUUGGAAGCUUCCGAGAAGGCUAAAAUUGUUCUUACGGUAAACACCGAAUACCAAGUCUCAAUUGAGUCAUUGUACAACGACAGGGAUUUCAAGACAACUAUUACUAGAGACAACUUCGAAGAGAUCAACAACGAUUUGAUGGAGAGGAUCACCAAACCUAUCUUGGAUACAUUGAAGAAUUCAAAAGUGUCUGCUUCCGACGUCCAGUCGGUAAUUUUGAACGGAGGUUCUACUAGAGUACCUUUUGUUCAGCACCACUUGUCUGUAUUGUUGGGUGAGGACAAGCUUUCGAAGAAGGUGAAUGCCGACGAAAGUUGUGCACUUGGAACCACACACAGAGGUCUCAAGCUCAAAACCCAAUUGGAAAAGGCUAGAGAUGUUAAAGUGAUCGAGAGAUCGUUCCGUAGCCACGAGAUCGAAGUCGACAAUAUCAAGGAAGAAGCUAUAUUCGAAAGAGGCAGCGUUGUGGGACAAACAGUGAAAAAGUCAAUGGGACCAGUCGAAAACGACAAGAUCACGAUAAGCUUGAAGGAGGAUGAAUUCUUAUUCAAGUCUUAUGAAGUGGAUGGCUUGCUCAAGAAGGUUGAAAGAUUGACAUGCAGAUCAAAGGAAAUCAAAGAAUUGGUUGCAUAUUUUUCAUUGGACACCAACAAAAUGUUUGAACUCUCUGGCUUGAACUUUGAGUGUGUUCCUAAAAAAUCUUCCGGCGGACUUUUCAACAAACUCAUGAAGGGCAGUGGUGAAGCAGAGGAAGAUGAAGAAGCAGAGCCAAUAGUUGAAGAGACUGAAGACUCCACUAAUUCCACCUCCGCUUCAAACUCUACCAAAUCUGAAAUUUCUAAAACAAAGUCAAGACCUGUUAGUAUUUCCCUUCCAAAACCUUCAUAUCCUCAUAUCAAGCCAUUGUCAAGAACUACAAAGGAAAGAGCCGCAAACAAGUUGAAAUACUUGAACAGCCGCGACGAAGAGAAAUUACAUCUUACAAAGGUGAGGAAUAUACUUGAGAGUCUGUGCUACGAAAUGCGCUCCUUCAUCGACGAACACGAGGAGACUCUCAUACAAGAGCUCUCAGAUGAAGAGGUAGCCAACACUAGACAGUAUGUUGCUGACACUAUUGAGUGGCUCGACUUUGAUUCUGAUGAUGCAUCUUUGAAAGAUGUGCAAGCCAAGAUUACCGAGCUCGAAGGAAAGAAGAGCGAGCUUUCGGAAGCAUUGGAGAUCUCCACUACUGACUUGAGCUACGAAGGAAUCAAAAAACUUUAUGAAAGUAGUAAAGAUAUCAUGAUGAGAAUUCAACACUACAUGUUGGAGUUCGGCACCGAGAUUAGUGAAAUCAGAAAGAAGUAUGAAGAGGCAGGAUUCGAUUUUGACAAGGAAAAUGACAAGAUCAAAAUGAAGAACUUGGCUAAAGGAGAUGAUAGAAUGCUCACUUUCGACAAGGUGUUGACCGAAUAUAAAGAGGGUGUCACCAACAUUGGGCGUUUAGCUGAUAUGGAAGCUGACGAGUUUGGAAAGAUAGCUAAGCGUGCGGUGUGGGAAGACUACAAUAACGUUGCCAAGGGAAUUGUCAAUAUGAUGGGCGACGUUAUGUUGCUCGAAACUUCUCAUAGAGAACGAGUUGAUACGCUUAACUCAAAGCUCGCCAAGUUUUUAUUGAGAAAGAAGCAAAAGGACGAACGGGAGAAAAAGAAACAAUUAGAGAAGGAGAAGAAAACUGAAGAAGAAGAAGAGGAUAAUGAGGAUGCUGAGUUUAUUGAAGAAGAUGAGCCAGUAAUUUCCACUGAGGCUUCUUCAACCCCAGCAAGUACACCUACAAGCACCGGCACAUCAGAAACUACAUCUGUGUCUUUAGAACAUGAUGAGUUGUGA